CCCGAUUUUUAUUACACCACAAAUUAGGAAGCCGCCAGAUUGGGUUGUUUGUGAAUUGGGAAAAGAUUUUUUUUUUGUAGGGAAUUUUUGGACUAAUUUUGGGAGGAGUGAGCCGUUGUUGAUCUGGAGGUGCAAGACGGGAGAGCCAAAAUCCUCUCUGAGUCUGUCUGAGAAGAGUUUCAUCUCCGUCUUCAUCUUCAUCUUCUUUCAAAUAUUAUUAUUUGAAAGCAAGAGCCGUAUGAUUGGGAGAUGAGCUGCUUCUCUUGCAUUAGUCAUCGCCGUUCAGAUGCCAGCAGAAUCCAAAUUGAUAAUGCUCCUCGAUCUACCUCUUCUUCCGGGACUGGGCGCUCCAAAUCUCAUGCCCAUAGUGGCGACGAUAGAAGCAAGGGAGGAUCCUAUGAUGGGAAGGGGAAGAAUGGCGUCGCCGGCAGCCCAAAAAGCAGUGCUGCCCGUAGUUUCACUUUCCGUGAACUUGCAGCGGCAACCAGGGGCUUCAAGCCAGUGAAUUUGAUUGGGGAAGGAGGUUUUGGAAGGGUUUACAAAGGUCGUCUUGAUACAGGCCAGCUUGUUGCCGUCAAACAGUUAAAUCACGAUGGUCAUCAAGGUUUUCAGGAAUUCAUAGUGGAGGUUCUCAUGUUAAGCCUGCUACACCAUUCUAAUCUUGUCACCUUGUUUGGUUACUGCACCGACGGAGAUCAAAGGCUUUUGGUUUAUGAAUAUAUGCCUAUGGGUAGCCUGGAAGAUCAUCUUUUUGAUAUAAAACCAAACCAAGAGCUGCUAAGUUGGAAUGAUCGGAUGAAGAUUGCUGUUGGAGCUGCACGAGGGCUUGAGUACCUUCAUUGUAAAGCAAAUCCUCCUGUUAUCUAUCGGGACUUGAAAUCUGCAAACAUAUUAUUAGACAAUGACUUCAACCCAAAACUCUCAGAUUUUGGGCUUGCUAAACUUGGUCCUGUUGGAGACAAUACUCAUGUUUCAACCAGAGUGAUGGGAACAUAUGGCUACUGUGCCCCAGAAUAUGCCAUGAGUGGCAAACUGACUCUUAAAUCUGAUAUCUAUAGCUUUGGUGUGGUUUUGAUGGAGUUGAUUACUGGACGAAGGGCAAUAGAUGUCAGUAAGAAGCCGGGGGAGCAAAACUUAGUUGCAUGGUCUCGACAGUUUCUCAGGGACCGGAGCAAGUUUGUACAGUUGGUUGAUCCUCGUCUUGACGGACAAUUCCCCUUGCGCUGUUUGCAUCAUGCGAUUGCUAUCACUGCAAUGUGUCUGCAAGAGCAACCGAAUUUCCGCCCACUUAUUGGUGAUAUUGUUGUUGCACUGGAAUACUUGCACUCGCAGAGUAAAGCCUCAGAAGUCCUUAAAGGUGGGGAGCAAUGUCUGCCACGUCGAUCGCCAUCGCAACUGGACCAAUAUUGUUUGGAGGAAUCAAAUUCAAGACUGAGGUCAACUUCCGCCUAAGAUUUUGAGUAGAUAUUUCCAUGUCAGUCCAAAACUGUAAGCAGCCGUCUUCCAUACUUUGAAUUGUAUUGAUAUUACUUCAAGUAGUGAAAAAUUAUUCUUGCAGAUUGCUUAACCG